AUGUCUCCAUUACGCUCUGUAUCCACCCCGAAUGCGGGUACUGAAAGUGGGACUGAUACCCUAUGCAUUCCCCCUCUCCCCUACGACAACGAAUACUGCUCGAUCCGGAGCCUCGAUUUGCGCAUGUACACUGCCGUUGGCUCUCCAGGGCCCCAGCCGUUCCCCCAACGCCGGCCCCUUACCCGUCUAUCCUCCGAUACGACAUUUGCCCAGCCACUGGUUCCCCUGUCUGAUUCAGACUCAGACGGCUCCGACUUAGAAUUGGAUAUUGAAGGAGAUGCAGUUAUUAGAGGGUUCGGAAUUGACGACGAUGUGGAGAUACAUGAUGCAGACCCCGAGGAUGGUCAGGAUCUUAGUAUACUCGAAGGUCAGGAAGACGACGAGGCAGACCAGAGUUGGCACACCGCCACCCCAUUUACGCCCGGCAAUUCGUUCUUUUCGAACGUGCUUUCGCCAAACAAUAACGAGCUACCCGCGAGGCCCAACCUCACUCGUACACCCAGUUCGAGGCCAACGAUAUUGGAGGAAUUGCAGCCGCCAAAGGCCAAGCGCAGGUCUAUGGACCAUGCACUUACGGCCGGAGCAAUGUCCAAAUUGUUGCUGACUCCUAGCCGGUCACGACAUCGUGAGCCCGCGCCGGAACGGAGUUCGCCGCCUGAAACAGCAUCUCCUGCCUCACCAACACGUAAAUUUCGUCUGGGACUUCCUCUCCCACCGCGCUCGCAUGGUGCCGAAAACUAUAGUUGGCACGGAGGAAUUGACAUGAGCUCAGAGUCAAUUCGGAAGCUGUCACUCAUAGACGACGAAUAUAACCCCGGCUCAGACCCGGACUCUCCCUCGAAAAUGUUUCCUAACGCAACCACCAUCGCUGCCAAAGGCAAAGGUCGACGGGAUCCCUCCUGGGACGCACGCAAACUGAAAUCGCUCAAACCACUUCGUCGCGGGAUCUUCGCUCCGUCUGCCGAUUCGACAAACACUGAGAUCCCAAUAAUUGAGUCUGUCCCUAGCACGGACCCUUCCUCCCCUUUCGUUCAACAAUCAACAACGUCAAAUGCUCCAAAGGAUUUUGUUGCGCCGACAUUUUCCCUUAGCGUUUUCUCGCCGCCUAGGACGUCGUCGCCGAUGAAGGCAGGGCAGAAAGGGGCUGGGUUGUUCGAGAAAGAGAUGAAUCUGAGUGGGGUGGACGGCGAGGAAACCGACAUGUUUCCGCCCAUCUCUGCGAGCUCGCCCCCACCGGUCGGGAGGCGUGGGUCCGCCUUUGCGCUUGGUCCACCCGCGCCUCAGCUCCACCCCGGUAACGCCACGUUCUCCGGUGUUUCAAGUCUACUGAGCGGCCCACUAAAGAAGAAGUUCAAGGGUGGAGCCGCGGGUGACGAUAGCGUCCAACUGGAGGAAGGGAUCCAACUCACAUCGAGUGCCAAACCCAGGACUCGUGCGCGGACAAUGUCAUUCGGACGCGGCAACUUGCCGAACAUUGGAACCGACAUCAAACUGGAACAAGUUGACGAAUUGGUCACGCCCAGGUUUGCACCUGCUACUUCCUCCUGGCCGGAUGACGAGGACAUGGACUUUGACAAGUCAAUAUUCGAUAGUAUGGUUCAGCAUACAAGCUUCUCGGUUGAUGCUGGAGGAAGCAGAAGUCUUAUUCCCGACACGCCUGUGAAGAAGGCUGUAUUUGGGCAAACCCCCGGUGAUCCUAUCACUAUGGGCGAUAGAACUAAGGGAUGGAUGACCAGCUUGCCCGAUAGGGGAGGCAAGGCAUUCGGCACUCGAGCACCCCGGCCGUCUCUUCCUAUUCGUUUCCCGGACUUCUCUCCCAGUACCCCAGACGACAGCCCGGCCGCCGGUCGCAGCAAGGUCUUGAACCUCGAGGUCCAGGCCAGCCCAACUAUGCGGUGGGGCCCUCUUGCCGAGGAGUCUCCUUCAUUGAGGCCACAUCGGAAGGCUGGCGAGAAUAGACCCCGAAGGCGGUCGAAUGCGGGUGAUAUCUCGCUCAAUUUGCGCAGCUCGGCCGUUAACGACACCCGAAAGUCGAGUCUGGGCGACUUGGGCCCGAGAAAGGGAGCUCCUGGCGAGAACUCUCUUGGAUUGCGUAAGCUCGAUGUAGGGGUCAAGAAAGCCGAGAAGUCUAAGAGUCCCAAGCGGGCUCCGGUCGGACAACAGAAACGCACUUAUGGAAGUCUAGGUGUAGGCCGGCCCGGUGUCAGGGAUGGGAUACCCGAGUUUUUGAUCGAGGGUGAGAACGAGGAUGAGGAUGCUGGGAUGAGCACGGACACUGGAAAGGAGAAGGGUGGGCUUGGGACGAGUGCGAGCGCAGGGUCGUUCUUGCCUUCGCGCCCGAACUCGUCCCACUCUGGUCCGCUGUUCAUGGCUGCGACGCCAAACUUUUUAAACGUCGGCCCUGAUUCGUUCAUGCGUCGCCCAAGCUUCGAUACCGUAUCUGGAUCGGACGGAGAGGCCAGUGUGGCAGGUACACCCACACGACGUGGACUAGGCGCGAGAAGGGGUGGUGUGCAACCUAGGCAAAGUUUAGCUGCUGCGGCCACCAGGUCCGCUCAACCUGUGGCGGGCCGACAGCUCCCAUUCGCACCCUCCAAAGGCCUUCCUCCCCUUGCAGCUCUUAAAGCAGGCCACAGGAGUUCAUUACCUGUCGCAAACUGGCGCCUUGUUACUCCUUCGCCUUCCCUCUCAUCUCUUGCGUCGCUCAUGGACACUCCUACCGCUCCUGCUCGUCGAUCUGCUGCUCGCGCCUCGCCAAUCUUGUCCAAAUGUCGACGACCUGCACAGACUCCUACCCAGAGCCACCUAGCCGAGAUUGAUCCGGAGCCAAUGGCCGCUCUCGUUCUCAAAGUCGAAAAGGACGGCCGAUUGUUCGCGGUGAAGAGGAGUAAACAAUUUGAGGGCGUAAGACACCGUCGCCGAGUCCUAGAAGAGGUCGACGUUUUGCGACAUCUUGCUAACCCCGGCCACCCGAACGUGCUACAGUUUGAGGAUGCUUGGGAGCAAGACGGUCGAAGUCUGAUGUUGACGGAGAUGUGCGAACUCGGAAAUCUUGCAGACUUUUUGAUGGAAUGGGGCGAGAAGUAUGAGAGGCUCGACGAGGCGCGGGUAUGGAAGAUCGCCAGUGACCUGAGUCAUGGUCUUGCAUUUAUCCACCACAUGGGCGUCAUUCAUCUUGAUCUAAAACCCGCGAACAUGUUCGUGACGAUUGAAGGUCGCAUUCGUAUCGGAGAUUUUGGAAUGGCAUCACGUUGGCCCCGUAUACCCUCCGAGGCGGAUAGCUCAGAUGGGUUCGAGCGUGAAGGAGACCGGGACUAUAUGGCACCAGAAAUCUUGCAGGGUGUUUACGGUUUCGGGGCCGAUGUUUUCAGUUUGGGUAUGACACUCUUGGAGUGUGCCGGCAAUAUCAUUGUGCCCGCCAUGGGUGAACCGUGGCACAAGCUCCGAAAUGAUGACCUCUCAGACGUUGAACUCGAUGGUUUCAGUCCCGAGAUUGUCGAUUUUAUUGCCACCAUGAUGCGUCGUGACGCUUCCCGACGACCGACUAUGAAAGAUGCUUGUGAUCAUGGCUGCAUCACCCGUACCCAUACUCUAAUGAUGCGUGCCAUUGAGAACGCCAAGAAACCAGGCGCUGGUCCAACGGAUGUUUUCAGAGCCUCGCCAUUCGGAAGCGAAGGUCCUGCAUUUUUGGAGGAGGUGCUCGGGCGGGCAAACGACGGGAUGGACACAUCCUAG